AGGCUCCUAAUAACAACAUUACCCGAUUAGCUGCAACUUCUCUCCGCCAGCCUAACCCUUUAUUGAUCUAAUAAGGCGUUCGAGAUUUCUUUUUAUAGAUACCUAUUUAAGCAGGAUCGGCUCAGUCUUUUGAUAAAUUGGAAGAACCGGAGGUGGCUGUAGAUCCGGCGCUUUCUCCUAGGCUUAUAACGUCUCCUGAGCGUGCAGAGCCCACCCCUCUCCCCGCACACAAAAUAUCAUAGCAUUUUUCCAUUAAAAAAAUUUUUUUUUGUGAGUGAAAGCAAUCCCGGGAUGCCGUAAUCCUCGGCAGAGGCUUGCACGCCUGGGUGUGGGUCCGUGUCUUUCGUUUGGUUGCAGGCUACACACCACUACCCCCCCCCCCCCGUUUUUGUUCUGCAAUUUGGCAGGGCUGGCUGAGGUUUCGAAACUGGGGACUUUGUCCCUGUUUUAACCUAGUGACUGUAACAGAAGAUCAGCUGCAGGGAGAUUUUCCCCCACCUUUUUCCUGCCGCCGCAGCUGCUGCGGCUGAUCUGGUGCUUCCGUGUGGUGGAGGGGCUGGAAAGGAAGGACUCGAGGCAGGCUACCGCUUGCUUCCUUAGACUUUAUUUACAUACACAAAUCGCUGUGUGUGGAGACUUGCCUCCAGCAGUCUAAGCGCGAGUCUUCAACGAACCUGGUGCCGAAGUAGGGCAGUCGGGCAAGGCAAAGCAAGGCACGGAGAGCAUGCGGGCUUGGGAAUGAGUUGGAGCGCCCUGAGCUGCGCGCGGCCGAGGUCCUGGGGAGCCCGCCUGGCUCCUCUGGCGAGCCCCGUCCGGUCUUGCUUGGGUGGUGUUCGGCCCCGGCCCAUCGUGGACAUGUCCUACUCCCGCCACUUUCUGGAUUUCCAGGGCUCGUCCAUCCCCACCUGCAUGAAGAAGCUGGUAGUGACGAAACUGAGCGCAAACUUCCGAGAAGCUGUUGCCUUGCGCCAUGAUGUGCCCGUGCCACUCCCGGGAGAUGGCGACUUGCUGGUCAGAAACAGAUUUGUUGGUGUUAAUGCGUCUGAUAUUAACUACUCAGCUGGCCGGUAUGACCCAACAGUUAAGCCCCCAUUUGAUACAGGUUUUGAAGGAAUUGGAGAAAUUGUGGCUUUGGGUCUGAGUGCAAGUGCUAAGUACACAGUGGGCCAAGCAGUGGCUUACAUGAGGUAUGGGGCUUUUGCUGAAUACAUCAUUGUGCCUUCUAAAGAAGCUAUUCCAGUGCCUUCUGUGAAACCUGAGUUUCUUACACUACUGGUAAGUGGAACUACUGCAUAUAUCAGUCUGAAGGAGCUUGGAAAAUUGUCUGAAGGGAAGACUGUUCUGGUGACAGCAGCAGCAGGAGGGACUGGUCAGUUUGCUGUGCAACUUUCAAAGAAGGCAAAAUGCAAUGUCAUAGGAACAUGCUCCAGUGAUGAGAAAUCUGAUUUUCUGAAAUCCAUUGGCUGUGACCAUCCAAUCAACUACAAAACUGAAAAUGUUGCUGAUGUCCUUAAGAAGGUCUACCCAAAAGGUGUGGAUGUAGUGUAUGAAUCUGUUGGUGGAAAAAUGUUUGAUUUGGCUGUCAACUCCUUGGCUAUCAAAGGGCGUCUAAUAGUUAUUGGGUUUAUCUCUGGCUACCAAACACGGACUGGCCUUCAGCCAGGAUAUGUAGAGAUGUUGCCAGCAAAGCUGCUAAGAAAAUCUGCCAGCAUCCAGGGUUUCUUCUUGAACCAUUACUUUUCUGAAUACAAAAUGGCUAUGAAACACUUGCUUGAAAUGUGUGAAAACAGAGAACUGGUUUGUGAGGUGGACUUUGGAGAUAUGUCUCCAGAGGGCAAGUUCACUGGUUUAGAGUCUGUAUUCCGUGCUAUAGAUUAUAUGUACAUGGGAAAAAACAUUGGAAAAAUUGUAGUUGAAUUACCUCAUCCUGUCAACAGUAAGCUGUAAAAACAGAACAAUGAUAUAAAUCAAAAAACAGAAAAGUGGCACUUUAUGCUUCACAAUAACUAAAACAGUUUUUUAAAAAAAAAAUUAAGUUCGAAAUGGGCAACAUAUGAAAAGAGCAUUUAGGUGUUAAUAAAAUUUUGAUUUGUUUCAUUUAGAGCUUUUGUAUUAUUUAAAAAUGCAACUUGUCAUUGGCAUUGCAUUAAACAGCUCUAAAUUUUGUGCCUGGAAAUUUAGAACAAAGUUCUGCUUAGCCUUCUGGCCAAUUAUAAACAUUAAUCUUGUAACUUUCUUCUGAUUUGAUAACAAUUUAGAUUGUAAACUUUUUCAAACUAUUACACCUUAGAUGAAAGUAUAUUAUAUGAAAUAGAUUCUAUUUUGGAUUCUUCAUAUAAAACAGUGGCUAUAAUCCGGCAGGAAGUUCUUGAAAUGAUGGAAGCCCUACAAGAAUGUUUUGCGGUGGGGCCUACAUAAAAGAACAGUCUAGUUGAUUGUGCCAAUUUUUGAAAAGUGAAGUAUUAUGAUCCCUUUAGUCAUGAGUAUUCCAAAUCAGUGGCUUCAUUUUCUGUGCUAGGCAAGGCACAUUUCUAGUUCAGCUAGAAAAAUCUGUCUUUCUAGAUAAAUGUACUGGUUGAAAAAGCAAAUUAAAAAAACUCCCCCAAAGUUUGCUGCUGUUCAUCAAGCCUGCCAAGUAAAAAAAUCUUUAUUUCUGUUUUUACAUAUACUUCCCGUAACAUUACUUUUUCAGCCAUCUGUUUGCUGCAUUGCCCCGUUAAAUGGAUCACCUUUGCUAUAAUGUUAAGUUCUGCUUAUUCUGUUUAUUCUUGUUAUAUUAAGAUCAUCUAGGAACAAAAGAAUUAAUAAAACCACCAAAAUAUC